AUGUCGGCCGACAUCGCCUGGCAGGUCAUCCGGAACAACUCGGCGUUCCUGGUCAAGCGGAAGAACAUCGACAAGGCCUUCUCUACCGAGCGCUUCAACCUGACCAAGACCAACUCGCGGCGCUACAACGGACUCGUCAACAACAAGGCCGUCGCAGUUGAGUUCGUGAAGAGGGGCGUCCCGCAACUCGUGCUGAAGCGCUCGCGAGAACAAAGCAAGCCAGCCAGCUCCCUGGGCGUCAAGCCCCUCAACAAGACGAAUGGAAGGCGUGCCCGCGUCACCGUGCAGAAGAUCGUCAGCGGAUACAGGCCCUCGCUCGCCAUGGUCGCCCAACGCAAAGUCUCGCAGCUGCUCCGCUCCCUACGCCCGAAGCGAACAACGCCGCACUCGAAGAUCACCGCUGAAGAACUCUACUUUUGCAGAAAAACGGGUCGUUUCUGCUCCCCGGGCCUCUUCUCGCUCCAACUUCCCUUCCGCACGGGACGAAGAUUGCUUUCAACAUUCUCCACAUCGGACUAUCAGCCAGUCAUCAAGCAGAGCAAGCGGAUAGUCCCUGUUCCGAUGAACCAGAUCAUCGAACCGCGGCGGCAGAAGCUGGACAACCCCGACUUCCACGCCCUCUUCACGUCGGGAUUCGAAAAGCUGAGGGCCCUCUUCGAUGACAGUGGCUUUGAGAUAAGAAUUGCCGGCGGGGCCGUCCGCGACCUUCUGAUGGGCAUCCGACCGGCCGAUGUCGAUUUCGCCUCCACGGCCACGCCCACCGACAUGAAGGAGUUGUUCGAGAAAAGCGCGAUCCGGAUGCUGCACAAACGGGGCGAAGAGCACGGCACGAUCACCUGCCGCAUUGACGACGAGAAUUUUGAGAUAACGACGCUUCGGGUCGAUAAAGUGUGCGAUGGGCGACGAGCGGAGGUCGAGUUCACCACCGAAUGGCAGCUCGACGCGAACCGCCGUGAUUUGACCGUAAAUUCGCUGUUUUUGGGCCUCGACGGCACGGUCAUCGACUUUUUCGGCGGAAUCGACGACAUUGCGGCGAAGCGCAUUCGGUUUGUCGGCGACGCCGAGCAGCGCAUCCAGGAAGAUUAUCUUCGAAUUCUGCGGUAUUUCCGCUUCUUCGGCCGAAUCGCCGACACCAACGAGCACGACCCGGCGACGAUCGAGGCGAUCAAGAAGAACAGGGACGGGCUGCUGGGAGUGAGCCCCGAGCGAAUUUGGACCGAGCUGAAGCGGAUUGUCGUCGGCAGACGGGCGCCGGAUGUGCUCGAUUCGAUGCUGUCCAUCUGUGAGCUUCACCCUCAUCUCGGCCUUCCCCCCAACGCCGAUCUGCAGCGUUUCCGAAGGGUCUACGACGCGUAUGGCACUCAGGUGGAGCCGAUGACGAUGGUGGCCACCCUCUGCGAAUCCCCCGAACAAAUUGCCGACUUUCACGCGAAGACCAAGUUAUCAAACGUCGAGCGGAUCGUCGGUGAAAUGGUGGUCGGCGAGCGGAAAGCAGCUGAAGAAGCAAUUGCCGGCGGGGAUGACGAUUGGUGGCACGACCGCAUUGUCGAAUUGGAUAUACGCCCCGGCCAUGAAACGACCAAAAUGUCGGGCCGAGACCGCGUGCUGCAGCUGGCGAUGGGCGCAUUGAUGGACGAGAAGCAGCUGGAAGCGCUGAGGGCCUGGCAACUGCCCGUCUUUCCCGUCAAGGGCACGGAUCUGAUGGCGGUGAACGUGGGUGCGGGUCCGGUGAUGCGCGCCACCCUGCAACAUUUGUACCAAAUAUGGCUAAAGAGCCGCUUCACGAUGGCGAAAGAUGAACUGCUCGGCCACGUCGACGACGCCGAGCUGAAGGAAAUUGCCCCGGAGAAUCGUGGCAAGAAGCGCAAGAAUUCGACGCUUCACCACCGCCCACAA